CAGAUUAUAGAAAGAAGAAAUGGAUGUAUCCUAUCAAGUUUUAAACAGAAUUGGUGAGAACCAAGACGAUGGAUGCGGACUGAUUGGAAAAAACUCAGUACUGGCGAAUUCACAGCAGGAAAACAGAGAACAAAUAGGUGGAAUCCGAAAGAAAUAUAAAAAGACUUUGCUGGUCACUACGUAUACCCUACUAUUGGUUCUGUUGGUUGGAUUCAUUACAUUUGCUGUAUUAUUCGGCACUGAGAAAGACUUUGCUAACGAUUUACAAAGACAAGUGGACUGUAUAAAGAAAGAUUGGAAAUGUUUGAAUAACACACCUGUGGACUGCAGAGACCUCUAUGAUAAAGGUGUCAUAGUGUCUGGUGUUUAUAUCAUUUGUCCAUGGAAAAGAGAGGAGACAAACUUACAUUGUGUACAAGUCUACUGUGAUAUGGCUACAGAUGGCGGGGGAUGGACAGUGAUACAAAGAAGACAGUCCGGUGAUGUGAGCUUUGAACGAAAUUGGGAAGAAUAUAAGAUGGGCUUUGGAGAUGUUUCUACAAGCUACUGGAUUGGAAAUGACAUCAUACACCAAUUAACAAAAGAAAGAAGUAGUUCUCUGUACAUGGAAAUUACUCUCUUCAACGAAACAGUCCUAUAUAUAAAAUACGAAUUUUUCUUUAUCACCGAUGAAAAGACUGAUUAUAGACUGAAUAUUAGUGGAAAAGCAAAUGGAACUUUGGAAGACAGGAUAAGGAAUGUUCCACCAACAGACAUGAUCAAUGGGGCAAGAUUUAGUACUUAUGACAGGGAUAACGACCAAGCCAACACGUUGAGUUGUGCUGCUAAACACCAGGGAGGAUGGUGGAACAAUUAUUGCCAUGAUGUGUACCUUAAUGGUCCGUAUGGCUCUGCUGAGUGGCCUCAACCUUGGUUUCCACUCUUAUCUGAUGGAUCUAACAUUACCAAUACAAGAAUGAUGAUCAGGAAUGAAAAAAAGUCAUAAUAUAAAGUUUGUCAGCGAGGAUUCCCUCAAAAGCACUGUCUAUGCAUGCGAUUUAUUCUUAAUUGAUGUGAAUCUUCCAGAAUGUUAAAAAGUUCA